AUGGCGAUUUUUGGCAUCCAAACCACCGAUAUCAACGAUGAAAUUACCAGCUAUCAAGUUGGUCGAUAUGUGAACUACAAUGAGGUGAUUUGGCGUAUAUUCUCAUUCCCUAUUCAGGAACGUCACCCCACUGUUUUGCAUUUGGCGGCGCAUCUGGAGUAUGGGCAACGAGUUAAUUUCACCACUUCGAAUGUUGCUCAACGAGCUGAAGUACCUCCAGCGACAACAUUGACGAAUUUCUUUGCGACUUGCGAAAGCGUUCCGUUUGUCCGAACGUUGCUUUACUCAGAAAUGCCAAGUUAUUACACUUGGAACACUUCAUCGAAGAAAUUUCAACUUCGGAAGCAAGGAGACGGGGUUCCUGGUCAUCCGGAGGUGCGUUCUACUGAUGCUCUUGGCCGUAUUUAUACAGUUCAUCCCAAGAAUGAUGAAUGCUUCUAUUUGCGGUUGUUAUUGGUGAAUGUUCGAGGCCCAAAAUCAUUCGAAUAA